ACCAAGAAGAAGAAGGGGGAUGGGCUGGAAUCCGGCAGGAGAUAAGGGGUAGAGUUGGGCGCCAGGCUUUGAGUGGGGUGGGGGAAUGCCGUGGGCAACAGGAAAGGGAGUGGCUUUAGAAACCACGCAAGGAUUUGAAAAUGAGCUCAGGAAAGCAGGAGAGGUGGGCACCAGGGAAACCACUGAAGUGAGCAGGGGUCAAGUGAGUCAUCUGGGGCACUCACACAGGACAGUGGGGCUUUGACAAGGUGGAGAGAUAGGUGAUUUGCAGAGGCUCUAGAGUGGACACCAGGGGCAGUUCAAAAAGUGGGUACUGAAAAAACAGAAGUUUCUCUUUUCCCUUCUGAGAUUAGAGUUCUUACUCCCAGGCAGCACUACCUUCUCUCCAGCCCUUCUCUCCAGCUUGAAGGGGGGACUAAAGGGAGGAGGGACUGAGAGUGAGAGAAAAAAAAAGAAGGGGGAGGGGAGACAGAGAAAGAGACAGAGAGAGAUACAGAGAGAGAAGGAGAGAGACAGAAAGAGACAGAAAAAAAGAUUGAAAGAACUAACUGCAGGCAGCUGCCAGUAUACUUAGCAUUGCUGGCAGGCUCCAAGGGAAACAGCAUUAGGCUCAAGAACAGAACCAUCACUAAGGGUGAAGUUGACCUUAUGGCAUACUGGGUGUUUGCCUGUAUCCUGUCUCCUUGUCUUUGCAGGCAUGAAGACCUCCAACACACAAGAGGCCGAAGGACAACAAACCAGAUCCUCUGCAGGACGAGCCACUGGGUCAGCAAACUUCACAAAGAAGAAAUCAUCCCAGAAGAGGCAGAGAGGCAGACCUUCAUCCCAGCCCCGCAGAAACAUCGUGGGCUGCAGAAUUUCUCACGGAUGGAAGGAAGGCGAUGAGCCCAUCACCCAGUGGAAAGGGACCGUUCUGGAUCAGGUGGCAUCAUCACAAGUUAGUGACGCCAACCUUGCAAAUACCAUAAUUGGCAAAGCAGUGGAACAUAUGUUUGAGAGUGAGCAUGGUACCAAGGAUGAAUGGAGGGGGAUGGUCCUAGCCCAAGCACCUAUCAUGAAAGCCUGGUUUUAUAUUACCUAUGAGAAGGAUCCUGUCUUGUACAUGUAUCAGCUUUUAGAUGACUAUAAAGAAGGUGAUCUCCGCAUCAUGCCAGAGUCCAGUGAGUCUCCACCAGCAGAAAGGGAGCCAGGAGGAGUGGUUGAUGGCCUAAUAGGCAAACAUGUGGAAUAUACCAAAGAAGAUGGCUCCAAAAGAAUCGGCAUGGUUAUUCACCAAGUAGAAGCCAAACCUUCUGUGUAUUUCAUCAAGUUUGAUGAUGACUUUCAUAUCUAUGUCUAUGAUUUGGUGAAAAAGUCCUAAAUGUUGGGGUAAAAUUUCCCACAUUUGUGGAAAUAAAUCCAUAAUUUGUAGAGAUGCCAAAAAUGCUGCCUUUUACUGUAUUGAAAGUCUAGGGGUCCCUGAUGACCAGCAUAAUUGUAAUUUUGUUCUGAAAAAUACAAAUUUAUGUGGAUGUGACAUGCUGUGUAUAGGCACUUUCUCUUAAAAAGUUUGGGUGUGUUUGGUGGAUGGGGCAUGAAAAGAAGGAACAGCUGUCAAUUGAGUCUGUGAAUAAAGUGCAGCAAAGAAACUA